CUUUCUUGUUGAUCCAUUAUUUUAGUAAAGUCAAUGGACCAUAUGAUAACUUGUCCUGAAGAAAAAAACAUGGCAACAACAAAGGUAUCCAAGGAAACAUCAGACACAUCUGAUGAUGUAUCUUCUUCAACUCAUGUGAAUGCUAUACAAGCUCCUUUUAUCAAGUCGCCUGUAGAAAAAGCUUUAGUCCGUAAAAUUCAUCGUACGGUACUUCCAUUUGUUUUUGGUUGUGUAUUUAUUCAAUAUGCCGACAAAUCCGUAUUAUCAGCUGCAUCAGUAUUGGGAAUGCUUGAUGAUACCAAUGUGACACCGACGGAAUAUAGUAUUUUGGGAUCGAUUUUCUAUGUGGGUUUCAUUUCCUGGCAAUUACCAAAUAAUUAUUUACUUCAACGUGUACCUAGUGUCAGUAAAUAUCUUGGAUUCUUAUUGACUUUAUGGGGAAUUGUUUUGUCACUUACUUGUCUGGCACGGAAUUUUGCAGAAUUGGCUGUUUUACGUGUCCUAUUAGGUUUAUUUGAAGCUUCAACAUAUCCAUGUUUACUUAUUAUUGUCAACACAAUGUAUCGACGAGAAGAACAACCUCGAUGUUUUGGAUUUUUAUGGAUGUCUAAUGGAUUUGGGGUGAUAUUUGCAAACGUAUUAUCUUAUGGUAUCGCUCAUAUGGAUAUGGCAAGAAACAUACGCGCUUGGCAAUGGAACUUUAUCAUUCUUGGUGUAUUGACUGUACUUUUAGGUAUCUCUGUCUUUUUUUUCUUGCCUGAUCAGCCCAAAUCCAAACUCUUUCAUUUGACAGCUGAAGAAGAACUCAUUGUAGAAGAUCGUAUUCAAGAUAAUUCUGUGGUUAGGAAACGCAUUGUCAACUAUGCUCAGUAUUGGGAAACUGUGAAAGAAAUUCGAUUCUGGCUACUUUGUUUAACAGCAUUCUGUAUUCACCUACCUAAUGGCGGAUUAGUUGUUUUUGGAAAUCCUUUUGUCAAAUCACUGGGUUUUUCAUCUUUGGAUGCCAUUCUACUUCAAUUACCUGUUGGAGCAAUAGUGACACUCUAUGUAGCAUUUGUAAUCCUAGUUGAAUACAAGACCAAGCAGUUGGUAUGGACAGCAUGUAUCACUUCAGUCAUUUCCAUGAUAGGGUGUCUCCUUUUGGCAGUGUUACCUCAUCAACCUAUCAAGUUAUUUGCAUACUAUCUUAGUUGGGCCUUCAAUGGAACGUACGCUAUUCUCCUUACCACCAUUGGAAGCAACGUCAAAGGAUAUUCCAAGAAAAUCUUUUAUAACGGUGGCAUCAUGAUCUUUUAUACUUUGGGCAACUUUGUAGGACCUUUGCUUAUGAUGUCAAAUGAAUCUCCAGCAUAUAAAAGUGGUAUGAUAGCUUUCACGGUAGCCAUGUUCAUUGUUAUCCUUUCUCUUAUUACGGCACGAUUCUGGAUGGCAAGACGGAAUGAUCAACGAAAACAUAAUCAUGGACAAACAGAUGCUUACUUGGAUCAAACGGAUACUCAAGAUACCUUUUUCAUUUAUCGUCUAUAAUUUGUCACUUUUUAUUGCUAUAUUCUUUUUUUUUAUUAUUAUUAUUUUACUUUUUUUAUUCCCAUCACUUAUUCUUAGUUAUUCG